GUUAUUUGGGAAAUAAGCUAUAGUUUUUUUUAAAAAAUAAAUAUUUUAUUCAUAUCAUAUAAAUAAAAAUUACAAAUCUCAUAUACAAAUAUAGCAAUUUAUUUAUUUAUUAUUAUUUUUUUUAAUUAAUUUAAAUAAUAAUUAGUAGUAUCAAAACUAGACAACAACAAAAAUGUUGCUAGUUAAUCGAGUCAAUUAUUUGUACACCAUACUUUUAUUAAUGAUACACAUGGCAUUUGCCUUAUGUGUGUCAAUGUUUGGUCCGGCGUUUGUCGACCUCAAGUACAUACUGAACACAACCAUACAAAAUGUGUCGUAUAUACCAACCUUACUGUCCAUCGGUAACGUUAUCGGGACAUUAGUGGGAAUGUCCUACAAUUACCUGAACCGACAGCUGGUUGUUGUAGGGUUACUCGUAUUGAUGGCACUGUCCAGUACUUGCAUACCGUUUACCGAUAGUUUAAUGCAACUGUAUUCAUGUGCACUGGUGUUUGGCAUCGGAACUGGUGCCUGGAUUGCCGCAUACAAUGUAUGGCUUAUCGAAAUAUGGCAACACAAUGCCGGCCAAGUGUUGUUCAUCUCGCAGCUUAUGUACGGUACGGGAGCCGUAUUGGGUCCGUUACUGGACCGACCGUAUCUGACGGGCGAUACUAAUAGAUCUGUAGUUUUGGACGACAAGGAUAGGGAUGUGGAGUCACUGUUUUUGCAGUCAAACUCUUCGACGAUCAGUGUAUGGGAGAGAAGAGUUAAACUGGAGAAGCCGUUUCUGAUGAGCGGCGGUAUACUAAUUGUCUUCCCGUUGAUAAUGUUAUUGAUGUUUGUAUGUAAGCGCUAUAGACUACCACAUCUGGAUCGAUGUCAAUAUUCACCGCUCAGCGAUAAUCCUGAUCUACUGAUGCCGGCCAACAAUGAUGAUGACGACGAUAAUGAUAACGGCAACGGCGGACAUACUAGUGAUAUACAUCAACCAAAUAAUAAUAGACUACCAAAGAUUCGCACAGUUAUCCUACUAUCUAUUUGUUUGUCAUCAAUCAACUCACUCGAGUUAGUCUACUUUAAUUUUGGCUCAACAUAUUUCCAGUACAUACCCGUCCGAUUGACAGCACCGAUGGCGGCCAGUAUGGUAUCGAUAAUGUCUGCGGCCUAUACUAUCGGUCAAGUAGUCAACUUUGGUAUGGCAUUCCUGUUCAAAACGGAACAUAUGAUUACAUUCAAUUUUAUGCUGUCCUUCAUUACCAUAACUGGCCUGACAUUUGGCCAAAACAUACCGCAACUGUUAUGGAUAGUUAGCGCCUCAAUCGGGUACUCUGUCUCAGUACUGUUUCCCGCAAUACUCGGGUUUUUCGGCAAAUACUUGCAAAUUACCGAUCGUAUAGCAACACUGGUAUUCAUAAUGUGCGGUGUCGUCAACUUUCUGCCGCCACUAAUAUUAGGCAAAUAUAUUGAGUCGUUUCCUUCAAUUUUCAUUAUAAUUGAACUGAUUUUGCUAUUCAUAGCAUUUAUAUCGUUCAUUACAUUCCUGUUAAUGAGAUAUAGAUAUUUAAGAUAA